AUGACAAAGGAGGGCUCGGGUGUAGAGAUGGCUAGCAACAAACACCACGCUAUUGCCUGUUGGUGGGCCACCUCUGGGAGUUUUAUUGACCUCCGGGGAAUAGGCGAUUCCGGUGAUAAGCUGAGUAUGGAGCAUAUGCAUGAAGGCGAAACUUCGUAUGGAUUCCCGUCGUAUCGAUACCCUACGUCAAAGCCUAAGCAAGGCGCGUCUGACAAAGUAUUAACAAUGGCUCUUUCACGCGUUGACCUUCAUACUAUCCAAAGUCGGAGAUUUCAAUCCUGGGCUUCUGCUCUGUCGAAUCUAGCCGGACGCGUACUUGGGUUGCCAAACCUUCCGCGGAGGCGGACCACUGAAGACAUAUUGCGCUCUUUCCUGCACCAUUUUGACACCAUUCAGUUGCCAUCCGUCGAGGAUGCUGCACUCGAAGAUCCUUGUAUCAAAGAGGCUGAACGUCGAGGAUAUGCCCUCGAUGCGCUUAAGCCGUACCUAACGGUUGGGCUUAACAUCACGGCUUCGGCAUACCACCAUCUAGUCAAUGUCGACGUCAAAGUCUACAUCGUCUUUUUACCGCGUUCGCUACAUACUUCGACGAUGUCUACCCUGAUGACCCUGACGCCCUCAUAGGUGUUCCUAAUUUUACCAAGGUGAAUAUCGAUAGGUCUACUUGCAAUGUAUUCCACUUACAA